GAAAUAAGGAGAAAUGGACCUCUAAAGAUGGCGUCUGACAAAAGAUAUGUAUACGCGGGUGUUGUGGUUAUCCUGUCGUAUUUUAUUAUUGGAUGUCACGCUAGAUUACAUCACCUGGUACUUGAGGAUGACAUCCGGCAGAAAGUCCACCUGAACACCUUCGGGUUUUACAAAAAUGGUUACAUGACUGUCAGUCUGAACAGCCUCAUGUUAAAAGAGGUGUCAAUUACAGAUGUCGAUAGUAGCACGUUGGGAUUCAUUCUGGACAAAACUAACAGCAAUGGUUUUGCCUCAUAUCUGGAUGAUGACUCCGGGUUUUGUGUUCUGAAAAAGACACCCAGUAGCGAUGCUGUUGUGCUGCUUCUGUUGGACUUCAACAGGAAUGAAGUGACUAUAAAGACCUCCGCAGAGGAGGGUCUCUUCCCCCAGAUCAUCCCUGUCCUGGCAGGGGGUGCUGGUGCCGGAACAACAGGGAAGCAGGAGACUGAUAAAGUGGAGAAAGAGGAAAAGAAAGAUGGGGCCAAAGUCUCAAAGGAGCCUCCAGUGGCUUCUAACAAAGAACCCAUAUAUCCUCUGGAGCAAAGAGGUCCCAGCUAUUCCUUCAGGUUUUAUUUCAAUGUCACCACUGACGACCAGCAAGGCUUGUACAACUUCUACUUCUACAACUGCUACAGCAGGGACGCUCAGACAAACCUUCUGAAGUUCAACCUCGAUAUCAACAUUGAGGAGAAGAACCCGAAGAGCUUCCUGUCUGCGGGUGAGAUCCCCCUGCCUAAGCUCUACAUCUUCAUGUCCAUGCUCUUCUUCAUCAUCGGGACGCUCUGGGUCCAUGUGCUCCACACAAGAAAAGUGGAUGUCUACAAAAUCCACUGGCUUAUGGCAUCUCUUCCAUUCACCAAAUCUCUCUCUUUGGUGUUCCAUGCUAUUGACUACUACUACAUUUCAAACCAGGGUUUCCCCAUCGAGGGCUGGGCUGUGGUCUACUACAUCACACACCUGCUGAAGGGGGCGCUCUUGUUCAUCACCAUAGCCUUGAUAGGGACUGGCUGGGCGUUCGUCAAGCACAUUCUCUCCGACAAAGACAAGAAGAUCUUCAUGAUCGUCAUCCCUCUUCAGGUGUUGGCGAAUGUGGCCUACAUUAUCAUAGAGUCGACAGAAGAGGGCAGCAGUGAGUACGGCCUGUGGAUGGAGAUCCUCUUCCUGGUGGACCUAUUGUGCUGUGGGGCCAUCCUGUUUCCUGUUGUCUGGUCAAUCCGGCAUCUUCAGGAGGCCUCAGCAACAGAUGGAAAAGCUGCUAUCAAUCUGGCCCAGCUGAAGCUCUUUAGACACUAUUAUGUGAUGAUUGUGUGCUACAUUUAUUUCACGCGCAUAAUUGCCAUUCUCAUCAAAAUCAUAGUGCCCUUCCAGUGGAAAUGGCUGUACCAGCUGCUGGAUGAGUUGGCCACUCUGACCUUCUUCUUCCUCACGGGCCACAAGUUCCGCCCCGCCUCCUAUAACCCCUACCUGCUCCUGUCUGUGGAGGAUGAAGAGGACCUGGAGAUGGAUGACGUGGUAACUACAUCGAAUGCUAUGGGAGAAGGCGUCAAAAAGGUGAAGAAGAUCUCCAAUGGACCGUCAGAAGAAACUGAGAGCGUGGCAUGAUGGGAUCUCUCAGUGAAACAGGAUGUUUCUGGACCCUUUGCCCUUUUAGAAGGUCCAGAAACAUCCAGAAGUUGUGCUGGACACUCCUGGAUCAGGGCUCUCUCUCUCCGCUCCCCGUACCCCCAAACCUCUCAGUGGAGUCCUCCAGUUCCCUUGUCUUAAAACAUGGCAGUUGUGGCGGUUAAUCCCAGCGCUCCUGUACAGUUUCUCUUUGUAAAGGGUGUAGACCACAGAGAUCUGAGUAUACACUAAUCUUUCAUACAGUUGUCAUUAUAGUUACAACAGAUAUGCUUUGGUGCUUUCUCAUGUACUGAUGUUUUGUUGUGUUUUAUUUUCCUUUGCCACCAUUUUGUUUUUUGCAAAUGUAUCUCAGAUGUGCGUAUAGACAGACACGCCCAGUAAGCUGUGCCAUUUAUACUGUAAUUGAGUGAAGUUUGUUUUUGUCUUUUUUUUCUUACUUUUAAUUUCAUCCAUGCUCUCGUAAGAGAUUAAGCAAGAACAUGACCUGUUGAGUCUCUUUAGUGAGCUCUUUGGAUUCAGGUGUGGUAUUGGCACACAAAAGGUGAGUCAGAGUGCUGACUGUGCUGAUUUAUAUAUCUCUGAUGAAGGGGUGAGGCAUAAGGCAGGGUGAGUUCUUAUAGGGAAUGUUUUGCUUCUUAGAUUGGCCAGGUAGGUCGGUCCAUGUUUAAGUGAAACAUCUCACUCUUCAUAUGGAAGGGACUAAUAUUUCCUUUAUUUCAUGAGCUUGUGAAUAUUAUUACACUGCUGUUUUUGAUGGCUCGGUUAAGAUAAUAUUCAUCGUUCUACUCUGAUGGAUUCAAUCUUGAUUCCUUUGAGAAAACGUUUACAGAUAAUUUGUAUGGGCCUCUGAUCAUUUGUAACAUACCUAUGAUUUUUAACAGUAUUUCCGUGCAAAAGAAAGCAUUUUCAUUGCUUGAAGUAAUGCUGCCUAAUUUGUAGAUCCUAGAGUGGGGUUGAUAACGCUAUUUAUUCAGUAUAAGCUACUGCAGUUGUUAAAUUAUUUUUGGUCUUUUGAGUAAGAGAACACUGAAUGUAUGGCACGGCAACAUGGCCACAUCAAUACUCCUCAAUAGAGGACCUUUGAUGUUUUCUGCCGAAAUGGAGGUCUUGGGCAUUUUGCACUGAAGUAUUGUAAAAAAAAAUAUUUGACAUUAUUUCAAAUAAGAAAAUAGAAACUAAGCUAAGGAAAUGGACGCUGUUGUUCAGGUCAAAAUACGGAUGUACAGUUGUUGUUUUUUGUAUGUACCGCACAUGUUUUUUUAAUGUUUUAUUUAAUUUUUUUUCCCCCCAAAAUGAAACAGACGUUGAAGAUGGUGAUUUUGGGAAGAGUGAUGAAAAUGUCUUAAAUGCAUAAAGUUGUUUUGAACGCUC